GCCACUAAUUAAAGAAAGGUUUUAGGCUACAGGAUUAAUCUGCUUUACAAAAUGAAUCCGCUGUCACUCAUCACUUUCCUUAUCUCUCUCCUCCAUGUCCUCCUCUCGUCCGCCACUGCCGCUGGUUACAACGCCACAGACAUCAUACUCCUAGACUGCGGUGCAACUUCAAACACCACAUCACAGGAUGGCCGCAACUGGGAGGCCGAUCCUCACUCAAAAUAUUCCCGCUUCAACAACCCAAACGCAUCGUUUUCUUCCGAUGCCACCCGCCAGGACCCCUCUGUUCUCCGAGUUCCCUUUCUCUCUGCACUUAUCAUUCGCUCUAAGUUUACUUUCAGUUUCCCCGUGUUUUCUGGUCCAAAAUUCCUCCGUCUCUACUUCUAUCCAGAAACAUAUUCUGGUCUUGACGCAGCUACCUUCUUCUUCUCCGUCACUGCCAACCAUUACAACCUCUUGAAUAAUUUCAGUGCUUCUUCGACGAUUUCCGCCCUGGGCUCCUUUAUCAAAGAGUAUGUUGUCACGGUGUGGGACGGCCAGAUGCUUAACGUAACCUUUACUCCAUCACCGGACUCUUUCGCUUUCAUUAACGCCAUCGAAAUUGUUUCCAUGCCAAGCGUCCUGUAUCUACGUGGUAGUGAAAUCCCACUUGUGCUUGCAGAGGGUGGCCGUUUGUUCACUUUGGAUAACACCACUGCUCUUGAGACUAUGUACCGUCUCAAUAUUGGUGGAAAGCGAAUUGAGAACAAGGAUGAUACUGGAAUGUACCGGACAUGGAGUCAAGAUGAGGAUUAUCUGGUUGCAUCAAAGUGGGUUACUGUCUACAAUUUAUCUGAUUCACCAAUUAAAUAUACCCCAGACACACCAGAGUACACUGCACCGAAGGACGUCUACACUACCUUACGUAUAAUGAGCAGUGAUCCUUGGCUGAAUGGGAAAAGUAACAUGACAUGGAUUUUCACUGUCGAUGCGGAGUUCCCCUACCUCGUUAGGCUUCAUUUCUGUGAGCUCCUUGAUUCGAUCACCGGACCAAAUCAAAUUGUUUUCAACAUAUUCAUCAAUAAUCAACCGGCGGCGAAACAAGUAGACGUAUUUGAUAUGGCUGGUGACUCUGGGAUUCCGAUUCAUAAAGAUUAUAUCGUUUUGACUGGGAAAGGUGCUAAAGCGAAGGAACUCCGGCUAGAUUUGCAUCCUGAUCAAUCAUCAAAACCACAAUAUCUCAAUGCUUUCUUGAACGGCUUAGAGAUUUUCAAGUUGAAUGGAACUGCUGGUAGCCUAGCAGGGCCAAAUUCUUAUCCAGUCUCUAGUUCUCAACCACGUGAACUGUUGCCAGAAAGUCCAAAAAGCCAUGAAAAAUCAAUGAUUUUGCCUAUUGUGGGAGCUAUUCUAGGUGGUUUUGCUCUGUUUUCUCUCCUCUUAAGCUUCUUCAUUUUACAGAGAAGGAAACUAAAAGACUCACUCUCUUUCACAUCAAAGUUCUUUGCCACAAGAACCUCCUCCUCGUUACCGUCCGAUCUUUGUCGUUACUUCUCAAUCGCUGAGAUCAAAGCGGCCACUCAAGAUUUUGAGGAUACAUUUUUAAUUGGAAGAGGAGGAUUUGGCAACGUUUACAAAGGGAUUAUCAAUGAUGGAACCGCCACCAUCGCAAUCAAACGGUUAAACCCUUCAUCAAGGCAAGGGGUCCGUGAGUUCUGCACCGAAAUCGCCAUGCUUUCGAAUCUUCGACACAGGCAUCUUGUUUCUCUAAUUGGAUACUGUGAUGAUCACGGUGAGAUGAUCCUGGUGUACGAUUACAUGGCACGUGGCACACUCCGCGAUUAUCUCGACGGAACCAAGAAUCUCUCAUUAUCAUGGAAACAACGGCUGGAGAUCUGCAUUGGGGCAGCGCGUGGGUUGCACUAUCUCCAUGGAGAGGCAAAGCAUGUUAUCAUCCACCGCGAUGUGAAAUCAUCAAAUAUAUUAUUGGAUGAAAAUUUCAUAGCAAAGGUGUCAGAUUUUGGUUUGUCGAAACUAGGUCCUACAACCACGUCCGAGACCCACGUCAGCACCAUGGUGAAGGCCGAAGCUUCCCAGGACAAUCUUCAAGUUCUCCAUGGCAACUUUGAUUAUCUCCGCUAGUGAAAAUUGACAGCAUAGUUCUUGGGGAAGAGCUUAAUUUGCUGGAAGAUUUUGUUUUUCUUCCACUUUUGCAGGAUUUGGUCUUCUUACUCUUAUGUAAGAAAUUGAAAGAACAUUU